AUGAAGAAUUUAAUCACAUUAGCGAAAACCGUUGUUUCGCUUGAGCAAAAUGUGCCUACUUCCUCAAAGUGUCAAUUCAAAUUUACUAUAAAUUAUGAGACAAAGGAUGUUUGGGUGACGACAGCUUUUUCGGAAGAAUCCUCUUCUACCGAGCUACUUCGAAUUUCCGGGGAAAUUGAUAUAAUAACCUCGUUUACAAAGCAACAUGAUUUUUUCAAUAGUGAAAUCAUUUGCUUGAAAUACCUGCAUGAUGUACAAGCUUGCUUGAUCGCAUUCAGCAGUGGUGAUAUCGUUCUUGUGCGCGAGGAAAAUUUAGAAGAAAAUUUAGAAGGACUUGAAUUGAUUGAAGUAGUUGGAACCGUCGAGCCUGGAAUCAAAUGUAUGGAAUGGAGUCCUGAUGAAGAAUUGGGAGUGAUAAUCAAUGGAAAUGAUAAUGUCUUGCUAAUGACAAAGGAUUUUGAAGUUUUGACGGAGUUUCCUGUUAAUGUAGAGAAUGCUGGCGAAGCGGCUAGUGUUAGCGUGGGAUGGGGUCGCAAAGAAACGCAGUUUCACGGUUCAGAAGGAAAAUCUGCAGCACUAAAGAAAGCUAAUCUAUCGGAAUACACGUUAUCUGAAGAUGACGAUUCUCGGCCUCGUGUAUCCUGGUGUGGAGACGGGAGUUUCUUUACGUGUUCAAUAAUAGACCCUCUAAAAGAACGACGCGUAAUUAGGAUAUACAAUAGAGAAGGAAUCUUACAGAAUACGAGUGAACCUAUUGAUAAAUUAGAGCAUAGUCUUUGUUGGAGACCUAGUGGAAAUUUGAUAACAUCUUCACAGAAAUUGCCGCAUAAACAUAAUAUUUGUUUUUUCGAGAAAAAUGGACUACCACAUGGAGAAUUCGCGUUGCGAGAAACGAAAAAUCAUAAGGUGGUUGAAUUAGCAUGGAAUUGCGAUUCAUCGAUAUUAGCUGUUUGGUUGAUUCGGGAGGAAACGCCUUCUCAAUAUUCGUCUUGUGUUCAAUUAUGGUACAUGAAUAAUUAUCAUUGGUAUUUGAAGCAAGAAAUUCUGUGUCCGCCUGGUGAAUCUAUUUGUUUUCUAUGCUGGGACGCUGAAUUAGCACUGCAAUUACAUUACAUAACUCAAAAAGCUUAUUACGUUCAUAAUUAUUCAUGGGACGUGUUAAUCAGUCACACCAUCUCCAAAAAAAAUGCUGCAACUGUAGCAGUUAUUGAUGGAUCGUCAAUUCUCCUUACACCUUUUCGUUAUAUGAAUAUUCCACCUCCGAUGAGUGGUUAUUCCAUAAAACUCAAUUACCCAGCUGCACAUUUAUCGUUCUCGGCAAAUAAUCACGGUAAUGAUUUUGCUGUACUAGAAGCAAAUGGGGAUAUAUCAUUGUUUGAAUGGGCUGGUGCUUGCGAGAAACCUAUAAGACUUUCUACAUUAUUGGGAUCAAUAAAUACUAUGAAUAAGGAUCCAACUUCUUCACUGAAACAAAUAGCAUGGAUCAAUAAAAACACGUUGCUCGGAUUGCAUUCUUCUUCUAUUGUCAAAAUUAAUAUUUCUUUCGAUGAUGAAUCUGGUAUACCUUCAAUCGUGUCCCAGACACGUUGUAUUACUUCACAUCAUAUUUUGAGGCUUUAUUCCAAUGUCAAUUAUGAUGAAAGUGAUAUGCAAGGAUCUGAUAUGGAAAAUUCUGAACCACGGAUGAUACCUUGUAGUAUUUUAUCUGCAAAAUUCCAUAUUAUUUUCAAAGAACAAAAAGAUGAAUUAUUGGUUGAGCCAUUUACAUGUUUCCCAGAAUUUUGUGAGCAUAUUUCGUCAACUCGUAUUGGAAAGCAUGGAGAAGAAGGGGUUUCUGUUAUUAUAGGCUUGAGUAAAAAUAAUAAGCUUUACGCGAAUAACAGGCUAUUAGCAGUAGAUUGUACAUCAUUUUUUAUUCAUAACGACUAUUUAGUUUACACUACUACACAACAUACUGCUAGAUUUCUUCCUCUUCAUGUCAACUUUUCAGAAUUCAAAGUUUCUGAUAAUAUUGCACAUCCGUUUGACGAAACGAUACGCCGUGUUGAAAGAGGAAGCAAAAUCAUUAUUGCACCGUAUUUUGACGUCUCUCUUGUUCUACAAAUGCCAAGAGGAAAUUUGGAGACUAUACAUCCGCGCGCUUUUGUUUUAGCUGCUGUGCGUCAACAUUUGAAUAGUUUGGAUUACCGAUCGGCUUUUAUAUUAUGCCGUAAACAUAAACUUGACUUUAAUAUUCUUUACGAUCAUGCACCGGAUACUUUUUUGGGAAAUGUGAAAACAUUUGUGGAACAAGUUUCUGAAGUUGAUUAUUUAAAUUUAUUCUUGUCAAGUUUAAGAAAUGAGGAUGUCACCUUGACAAUGUAUCCUUAUCCUUCUAAUGAUAAAUCGGAAAAUGGUGCAUCUCAAAAACCAAAUGAUCGAAUAGAUCCACGACAAAAAGUCAACAUUAUCUGUGACUCGAUAAGGGAAAUAUUAGAAAAUUUAGAUUUAAAACGAUAUAUCCAAUCAAUAUUGACCGCCUAUGUACACAAAACGCCACCGGAUUUAGAACCUGCACUGAAACUUUUGGUGGUUCUUAAAGAAAAAGAUUUUGAUUAUGCUGAGGAUGCUUUAAAGUUUAUCACGUUUUUAGUUGAUACGGAUAAACUAUUUGAUGUGGCAUUGGGAAUGUACAAUUUCAGUCUGGUUCUCAUGGUUGCACAACAGUCUCAAAGAGAUCCCAGAGAAUAUUUACCGUUUUUGUCGGAACUUCAAACACAUGAGAAAUAUUUCCAGCGAUUCAAGAUUGACGAUUAUUUGAAACGCUAUGAAAAGGCAUUAAAUAAUCUUUAUUUGGCUGGCGAGAAACACAUUGAUCGCUGUUAUGAAUAUAUACUUGAACAUGAACUUUAUCGGCUCGGGUUGACUUUAUUUUCCAAUAAUCCAGAACCAUAUAAGAAAAUAAUGUCAAUGUAUGGUGAUUACUUGUCAUCGAACAAAAAACACAAAGAAGCUGGAUUGGCUUAUCUUUUGGCCGACAAGCAUAUCGAUGCGUUGGAUAGCUACAAAAAUGCUCUUUUGUGGCGUGAUGCUUUUUCUAUUGCUCAACAAUUAAAUUACACCUCUCAAGAUUUAUAUGAUUUAGCCAAAGAAUUUUCUGAGCUCUUAACUGAUAAAAAAAGUUAUCAAGAUGCUGCGCGUGUUCUUUUAGAUUAUACACAGGAAUUAGAGGAUGCCAUCAAUUUACUAGGAAAAUCAUAUAUGUGGGACGAGGCCACGCGCAUUUGCUAUCUGAAAAAUCGAGUAGAUUUAUUGGAAACACACAUCAAACCGAGCGUAUUAGAAGGAUACAAGCAUUUGAUUGAAGAUAUUGAAGAUAUGAAAGAACAGCUAAACAAACAAACAAUGCGACUCACCGAACUAUUAAUCGAUAAAGAAAACGAAGAACAAUUGGAACAUAUCAGAAACGACGAAACAUUGGAAAAUGUAGAGAUUUUUUCAGACACGAGUUCGAUUGCUGUUAGUGAUUUUUCAAGAUACACAAAGUCAAAUACUCGAUUGAGUGUAGAUUCUUCGCGAAGCGGUAAAAGUGCCAAGAGCCGACGUCGAGAUGAAAGAAAACGCGCGCGCGGAAAAAAAGGCAGUAUCUAUGAAAAAGAAUAUCUUUUCGAUUCUCUUCGAAGGCUUAAAGAGCGAUUCUAUAAUAUGCAAGGGAGUAUAUCUAAUAUCUUGCAUUUCCUAAUAACGUCAAAAUAUGUUGAGAAAGCAAAAAAUCUUCAGAUGCUGUAUUCUGAACUUGAAGAACAAGUGCAAACACGAAUCGAAAAUAUUGAGAUAUCGUCACCGAACAUAAUGGAUUCAAAAACAAAGACCCCAAUGACAGAUAACUUAUCGCAAGUAAAAGGGAGCGAUAUUGGUCAAUCAUCAUCUGUUGAUAUUAUUAAAUCAAAAGCAACAAGUGAAUCCUGGAAAUUAGAAAUAUUGCAAUAG